UUUUUUUUCUUCUUCCUUUUUUUCGUCUCUUUCAUAUAUAUAUAUGGACACUCAACCGUUUUCCGGCGGACCAAUCACGGCGGCGACAGCAGCCGUGACACCGUCGGGAACCGUCAAUUAUGCUGACUCAGCAGAUUCCUCACCGGGAUCCCACCACACUGAUUCCUGGGACGAUCAGCACCCGCCGUCACACACAGCCGCCGCCGUCACCGGCACCGGUGGAAAACUCCGGUUAAUGUGUAGCUAUGGAGGACACAUAUUCCCUCGUCCCCACGACAAAACUCUCUGUUACGUCGGCGGUGACACCCGCAUUUUCGUCGCCAAUCGUAACACCUCACUCACUGAGCUCUCCGAUCGACUCUCCAAAACACUACUCGGAGGCCAACCAUUUUGCUUAAAGUAUCAGCUUCAGAACGAGGACCUUGAUUCACUUAUCUCCGUUACUUCCGAUGAAGACCUGGAAAACAUGAUUGAUGAAUACGACCGUAUGAGUUCAUCUUCUAAGAUUAGUCGUCUUCGUUUAUUUCUGUUUCCAAGUAAAAUCGAUUCAUGGAAUCCUUCAAUUGGUGGGUUAAUUAGAGAUAGUUCAGUGAAAUCUGAAGAUUGGUUUGUUAAUAUUUUAAAUGGGGCGAAUAAUUCUACUGCUUCAACAAAGGUAUUUUCUGAGUCUUCUUCAGUUAAUUGUCUUCUGGGUUUAGACGAUGAUUUAGGAAAUGCGAAUUUUAAAGAAGUAGAACCACAAUUAGAUAUGAAAAAUCGUGGGAAUAAUGUGAAAGUUAAUAUACAUGAUGUUCAAUCAGUGCCGGAUUCUCCGAUGGUUGAAACGACGUCGUCUUUUGGGUCGGGUUCGUCUAUGCCGUCGUUGGCGAAUUUGCCGCCGAUAAGGGUUCAUGUUGAGGAGAAUCAAAAGGGAGGUGGAAUUGAGGAGCAAUUUUCACAGAUGACUGUUGGGGUUAAGCAGAAGAAUGAGGAAGGAGGAUUUUUGGGUUUAGCUUCGUCUCCGGCAGCUCCGACUGUCGUAGUGCCGGCGACUGUUGUUUCCGGCGUGCCGGUGGUUGAGCAGACACUGCAACAGCAGCAGCCUCAGCAAUUGCAGCCAAAUCCUGUUAUUCCAUCUGAUUUGCCUUCCCCUGAUUCAGUUUCAAGUGAGGGUAGUGGUAGGCAAAGACAUUACUUUUAUCAAGAACCAGGGGUUCAUUUCCAGUCGGGGAGCGGUAGGAUUUCAGGUAAUUCAGUUGAUCUGAAUAUGAGUGAUUCGAUCGGAAGGGUUCAGGUGAAACAACAGGUUCAGGAUGGUGGUGGUGGAUAUGCAUUGCCAGUACAAUAUGAUCAGCACCCUCAAAUGCUCCAACCCCAACAAUAUGUUCAUGCUGGGCAGUAUAUACAACGUACACCUUCCGGGCAUGUGCCUGUGACGUCCUACUAUCCUAUGUACCCUUCACAGCACCAAACACAUAUGCAACAUCCGAAUCUUGAGCACCAGUAUCCCGUUUACUUCAUUCCUGCUAGGCCUGGCCAAGGUUACAGUUUGCCAUUGCAACAAACAAAUUAUACUGAGCCUGCUCAAACAGUCCCUCCCACUUGUUCCCAAACACCUCCUACUAUGGUCAAUCCCUCAGCAGCUUAUAAUCCACCUAGAAAUCCUCCGUCAUCCAAUCCUGAAAUGGUUGCUGGUACAUACAGAACUUUAGCUGCAGCGGCUCCACAAUUGGUUCAGAUCACUCCAGGGCAACAUCAGCCACAAUACAUGAACUACUCUCAGAUUCAUUAUCCUUCUCAGUCGAUCCGUCCUACUUCAGCCACUACCGCCAAUUAUGCUUAUGAUUUUGCUGAUCCAGCACAUGCUAAGAUGUACUAUAGUCAGCCUCUUGCUCCCCAAUUGGCUGCGCAAUAUCAAACCAUGACAUCUGCCCCUGCAGUUAGCUUCACAGAAACUUCCUCUCAGCUCCCCGUGGAGAAUUCGAAGCAGCAAAUUAGAACUUCGCAGGCAUGAAAUUGUGAGUUGAUCAUAAAGAAGCAAUUUUGAAAUGUUGGUUCGGUUUGUCUUGAAUUUUCUGUUAAAUGUUUGAAUUCUUAUUGUUAUUGGUUUGUCGAAUGUGUAAGUUAUACGUAAUAAGAAAGUUGGGGUCUUUCUUUUCUUUUCUUCUGUAAGUAAUGUUGUUAUUACCCAUGAAAGCAUAAUGCUACAAGAUCUUGCUGUAAAAUUUCAAACUCAUGGUACAUCCUCAGUUCUAUGUAUGAUUCUCAGAACAAAUAUAAAGUAGUGAUUUGAGGGAUUUCUUGAUUUCA